AAAAGAUCUUAUACUUCGUCAAGAUGGAGAUUAGAGCUUAUAUUGCAUAAAGAAAAAAAGAAUCAAGGUGGAGCUUUUUAUAGAAAUAAACAUGGAAAAACAAAUUCACGACAUAUUCCUAUACCUUCAGAUACAUUUAAUUAUCAAUAUACACCAGCUAAAGAUAUUCUUUUAUUUUGUGACUUUUGA